ACCCAAAACCCACUUCUUCUCAGACAUGGCUCCCCCUAAACUCGCACCCUUCCUUGUUGUGGCGGCUUUGAUGCUACGAGCUUCUCACGCCCACCUUAGCCCUUUCUUCCACGCCAAAACAUGCCCUCAGCUGCCUUUCGUUGUUGCCAACGUGGUUGCCCAAGCUCUACAAACUGACGACCGAGCAGCUGCCAAGCUCAUUCGCCUCCACUUUCAUGAUUGCUUCGUCAAUGGGUGUGAUGGGUCUGUGCUAUUGGAGGACGUGCCGGGCGUCAUCGAUAGCGAAUUAAACGGACCACCAAACGGUGGGAUCCAAGGGCUGGACAUCGUGGACAACAUUAAAUCAGCGGUUGAAAGCGCUUGCCCAGGCGUUGUUUCCUGCGCCGACAUCUUAGCCAUUUCCUCACAAAUCUCUGUUUUCUUGUCGGGAGGGCCAAUUUGGGUAGUUCCACUGGGAAGAAAAGACAGCAGGAUAGCCAAUAGAACCGGAACCUCAAACCUUCCUGGUCCCUCCGAAACUCUGGUCGGGCUUAAAAGCAAGUUUGCGGCACAAGGGCUUGAUUCUACGGAUCUUGUGGCUCUAUCAGGAGCACACACGUUCGGGCGAGCGAGAUGUUUUUUCUUCACCGGCCGCUUCGACAACUUCAACAACACCGGAAGACCCGACCCAACGCUAAACCCGGUUUACAGGGAGCAGCUUCGACGGCUCUGUACGACCCAACAAGCACGAGUGAAUUUUGACCCCAUAACGCCAACCAAAUUCGACAAAGCCUACUAUACCAAUCUCAUAAACCUGAAGGGGCUUCUCCAAAGUGACCAAGAGCUGUUCUCCACCCCCAGGGCUGAUACCACGGCCAUCGUAAAAGAUUUCGCCGCUAACGAGGUUGCCUUCUUUACCCAAUUUGUGAAAUCCAUGAUCAAAAUGGGGAAUCUGAAGCCGCCCCCCGGCAUCAGAUCAGAAAUCAGACAAAACUGUAGGAGGGUCAACCCGGUGAAGGCCUAUGACAUUAUGUAACUUGAUGUUCCUCGUCUUAGAUUUUGUGUGUCCCUAAGAAUAAAGCUUCCACUUGGUUUUUUUUUUAUUUCUGUUGUCGUGUGUGUCCAAACUGGAAAGGAUCGUGGUUUAACUUCUAAGUUUAGUUUCUCACAAAA